CAUGUAUCCCCGCCCCAUUAGGUGAAUAAGAUUAAAAUGAAGCUCACUAUCACCCAACUACCUAACCCACCGGUUUGAAAUCUCCGAUUGUAUUUUCCCUAGCAAUUUUGAGAAAUUUGGUCCAAAAAUCUCAAUGACAACAACUGCCCUUCCCGCCAUUUUCUCUCUCCUCUCUUCCUCCUCCUGCUACUAUCCAACCAAAUCCACACUCGUGUUGCCACCUUCUUUCAUACCAUUCAAUUUCUCCCCCAAAUCAAACCCUAGGUUAAGAAUUUCCCAUAAAGUUGCAGUAUCAUUCAAGAAUCAACGUCAUUGGUUACCUUCUUGCUGCAGUGGUAAUGCAGAAAUCAACCCAGAUACAAUCGAUGAUUCUUCUAAGGAAUCAAGUAUUAACGUACAGCUUCCAAGGAGAAGCUUGCUAGUGCAAUUUACUUGUAAUGCUUGUGGCGAAAGAACAAAACGACUAAUAAAUAGAUUAGCUUAUGAACGAGGAACUGUGUUUGUCCAGUGUGCAGGGUGUCUCAAGCAUCACAAACUAGUUGACAACCUGGGCCUUGUGGUUGAAUAUGACUUUCGGAAUGAUACUGAUCAAGAUUAGGAUCAAGAUGCAGAAUAGUUAUGCCCCUGUUUGAUUAUUUGGACGCUUCUGUACGUCUCAAACUACCAUCAAUAGGAAGAUAACCUCUUUCUUGGCGAGUGUGUCCCUUACAGUCAUACAGAAACAAUCUUAAAUGUAUUUUGAUUUUUGAGGCUAAAAUAGUUAUGUGUAUACUUCAACCUUUACAGAUUUGCUCAUAUUCUUGAAAUUUUGCAUAACUAGGAAGUAACUUCAACACCCAAUGAUCUUUGAUCUGUAACUUGACAUCUUUCGGUCAUUAAGUAGAGAGGAAGAUUUGAAUGUCAAAAGACCAGAAGGUGAUGUGUGGCUCGACCCCAACGAAGGCUCAUGCUUUCGGGUAGAUUGGGCCUCAGCUGAUAUUUACUUGUCGGCCAACCUCACAAACUCUGAUUGGGUCAAAUACUUUGUUGAAUAGAAUGUUUUCAUAUGUAUUUGAAAUACUUAUUCAGUUA